AUGCUGAGGCAGACGCUCCUCGUGUUGGCGCUCGUCGCCUGUGUGCUGGGUUCGACUCUGCCAUUGCGUCGUCUGCCCCACACUGGACCAGCUCGCCGCUUCUCUGUCUCCAGGGGGCGUAUCUACGGGGGACACGACGCCACCAGAGGUGAGUUUCCUUAUCAGGUGUCCCUGCAGUACGUGCUGCUGUUUCUCCAGUACCACAACUGUGGCGGCUCCAUCAUCUCCAGCAGUGCCAUCCUCACCGCUGGACACUGCGCUGUCGAUAUUGGACACUACGUCGCUGUGGCUGGAGACUACGACUUAAGCAGCAACGAGGGAAGUGAACAGGAGAUUCGAGUCUCAGAGCAGAUCGUACAUCCCGACUAUCCUGGCGGUCUCGCCGUAGCUGCAAACGACAUCGCUGUCUUCAUACUGCAGUCUUCGUUGACGCUGGACGAUUAUGCCCAAGUCAUCAGCUUACCCAGCGCUGAUUCAGUACCUGAAGGAUCAACCGCUGUCGUUUCUGGCUGGGGUACAACGGAGACGGCCUUCACACCCGAUAUUCUGCAGACUGUUGACGUCACCAUCAUUGACUACGAAACAUGCAGACAAAACAUAGACGACCUGAAUAUGGGAUCAAAUCCGCUUACAGACACCAUGGUCUGUACGGGACCUCUCUAUGAUGGCAUCUCCACAUGCAGUGGUGACUCUGGCGGCCCCUUGGCGCAGAACAACGAACUGAUAGGUGUCGUUUCCUGGGGAAUAGACCCGUGUGGAUACGAAGGCGCUCCGUCCGUCUUCACCAGAGUAUCUGCUCACCUGGACUUCAUCAAUCAAUAUCUGUGA